UAAUCCACCUUUCUGUGUUCGCCAGACUCCGCCCUCUACCCAAGUCCCCCGCCGUGACGCCGUGUAACCAUGACGUCCUCUUCUCCCCCGUCCGAGGUCGACAUGUCCACCACCGUCUCGAGCUCCUCCGACAGCGACUUGGACUCCACCGGCCUUAACACCCGCUGCAGCAUCUGUAACGACAUCUACUCCAUCCCCAAACUGCUGGGCUGCUUCCACACCUUCUGUCAGCCAUGCCUCGAGAAGGUCAAGGUCACGGACAAAGUGACCUGUCCGGAAUGCCACUUCGACACAUACCUCGGGUCCGAUGGCCUCACUGGACUCCGACAGGACUACACCGUCAGCAAUAUCAUGGAGCUGUCCACUCUCGACCCCUGUGCCAUACACUGCACUGGUUGUAAAAGCAAAGAAGCCAAUGUUGUUGCCCGUUGUUUCGACUGUGCAAACUUCCUCUGUGCCAACUGUGUUAUGGCGCAUCAGUUCAUGCACUGUUUUGAAGGCCACCGAGUCAUUAGCCUGGAGGACCUGCAGAUUAACAAGGAUACUUGCAAUUCCGAGAAACCAGUAAACUGCCCCAAACACAAGAUCGAUGUACUCAAGAUGUACUGCAAGACGUGCGCUGAACCAGUGUGUAAGGAAUGUGUGCUGCUUGACCACGGUCGCGGCCACGACUGCCAGUUCCUGACCGAAGUAGCGGAAACAGAAAUAGAGAUGUUGAGAAACCUGGAGGACAGUGCUAGAAUUAAGAUUGAAGAUUUACGGGCUACGGCGAAAGGGAUUGGUGUCGGCUCGAUAAACCUCCAAACUCAGUACCUCAAGGCCCAGAAUGACAUCAAUGACACUCACGACUUCUACAUCGCCAAGCUUGAAGAACGUAAAGACGAGACCCUGAAAGAACUCGAUCAGGCUCUCAACGACAAGCAGGCUGCCAUCACCACCCGGGCCCAGAACAUCCAGGAAUGUCUGAGUAGUCUUUGCCAAGGUAUCCAGUUCGUUAACAAACUCCUAAAUAACGCUUCCGUCACAGAAUGUCUGAUGCUGAAGACUUUUGUUGAACGUAGAUUCCAUAACAUGUUCACCUUCUUGCCAAACCUGGAUAAUCAGGACUGCUCCGAGAUAGAGUUCAUAUCCAACUAUCAGGCCAUCCAGACGGGUGUCCGCAAUACGUUUGGUUACGUCAGCCAGGGAAACGAGUCGCUCUUCAGAAAGACCAGCUUAACUCCAACCUGCCCGACUAUUGAGAACCUUCCCACGUGCCAGGCCAUAGAACACCUUCUUUCUACCACCACCAGGCUAUCGUCUACUGGAAACAUUUUUGACGAACCCCCCAAUAUCAACGUGUAUAAGCAGUACGGCGCCAGUGACCUCAUGCUUCCAGGUGACCAGUACAACACGUGGUCCAGUGGUUCGGACAUAAUGUCGUCCAGUCUGGACGUCCUGUCCCCGACCCCCAGUUCCGGAAGUCACGUGUCUCUUCUCUGCCCACUGACCUCCCACGUUCGACGUCACAAGAUGAUCUACCACUGCAGGUUCGGGGAGUUUGGAGUGCUGGAAGGGCAGUUCACCGAACCCAGUGGCGUCACCGUCAACGCCCAGAACGACAUCAUCGUUGCCGACACCAACAACCAUCGUAUCCAGAUUUUUGACACCGAAGGAAGAUUCAAGUUCCAGUUCGGCGAAUGCGGCAAGCACAACGGUCAGCUGUUGUACCCUAACCGUGUGUCCGUCGUGGGGUCUUCGGGGGACAUUGUCCUGACCGAGCGGAGCCCCACCCACCAAGUCCAGGUCUACAACCAAUUCGGCCAGUUCCUUCGAAAAUUCGGCGCCAACAUCCUGCAGCACCCGCGAGGAGUGGCAGUCGACAACGCCGGGAGGAUCAUCGUGGUGGAGUGUAAAGUGAUGCGGGUCAUCAUCUUCGACAACAUCGGCAACGUGCUCAACAUGUUCUCCUGCUCCAAACACCUGCAGUUUCCCAACAGCGUCGUGGUCAACGACAAGGAGGAAAUCUUCAUCAGCGACAACCGCGCCCACUCUGUGAAGGUGUUCAGCUACCACGGCGUUCUGCUGCGACAGAUCGGAGGGGAGGGGAUCACAAAUUACCCCAUCGGCGUCGGUAUCAACGCAGCUGGCCAAGUAGUCGUCGCCGACAACCACAACAACUUCAACAUCACCAUCUUCACACAGGGCGGCCAGCUCGUCAACGCUCUGGAAUCCAAGGUGAAACACGCCCAGUGUUUCGAUGUGACCCUCAUGGACUAUGGCUCUGUCGUUCUGGCGAGUAAGGACUACAAAUUGUAUAUCUACAGAUACAUGUAGGAUACAGGUUAUCCAAUCCAACCUGAUGUUUGGAGCAAUACAAGUUGUAUACGUCCUGGUAUAUGUGUACGGAUACAACUUGUACACAUCCUGUUACAUAUGCAUGGAUACAAGUUGUAUGCUUCUGGUAUAUUUGUAGGAAUACAAGUUGUAUGCAUUCUGGUAUGUGAAGAUACGUCCAGGUAAUAACCUUCACGCAUUACAAAUAGAAACGCGUAGACAUCUACGAAGCGGGUAGAACGGGUACUCACUUACAUUCCUUGACCAUUGCGCAAACCCAGGUCCCAUUGCCUAUAACCAUUGAGAAUGUUUAAACCCAAGGCGUCCAAUGUUAUACUGGCAUGUUUUAAUCCAGUUAAUUCAGUAUUAGAAACUAAGAGAAAAUAUACAAGAGAAGUGCACAAACUGACAUGUUGCUGUCCCUCUGUUAGGUGUAUUACGGUAGUUGAGCGUCUCGUGCUUGUACGUGUGAUGCUCAUUUCAUCUAGUUAAGUAAAAUGUAAAACUACAGAUAAUCCGGACGCGACCUUAAUGUGGUUCCACCGCGCUCUACCUCAACAUGACUCAUAUAUGCAGACAUUGGUGCAACUUUGCUGCAACCUCGCUGCCUUACCGUAUAUAUGCAAAAUAAUGUACUGCCUCCAGUAAUUAUGCAAGUACGAGAUCCAAGUGUUUCUUUUCGUUCAUCAGCUCAGGUUUUGUACAUAAGUAUAUCAAGAAAUACUUCCUCAUUUCCGUCAGUAUUAUUUAUCAUUUUUUCAUUGUUUUUCCGUUGUUGAGUUUGUUAUUUUUCAAGUGCUGUCGCUACACCAUGACAACCAGCCGCUCUCUUCUCAUUGGCUCGAGUGCUUCACCAAUCACAAGCUUCCAGCAAGUCCAUGUUUUUAUUGACUGGCCGACUUUGAAUUGAAAACUCGUACUUAUGCCUAACACUGCAAUGUAAAUACUUCGGAUAUACUCGCUCAUAACAGCAUUGCCCCCCACUUUGACACUGACACGUUGUUUAUUGUUGAUUUUCUACUCCGGUACCGCCCUUCUAAGUAAAGGGUAAAUGUAUCGCAAAUGUUUGUACAUCUUUAUUUUCCCGACACUCUUGUCCCAUUGUUUCGCAAUGAUAGAAAUGUGUUCACCAUUACAUGAUCUCAAUUGCAUGUUCUAUAUUAUCUCUUGUUCA